AUGAAGCCGAUCACGUUCGAGUCGAUCCGCAACCUGCUGAAGACGAAGAAGAAGCAAAAGGACAAGUCCAGCAUCGACCAGAGCUUCAAGCGGAGCGACUCCUUCAAGAGGAUCAGCAUCCGAAAGAGCUACCUCGAGCGGGGCCGCAAGCGCAAUGCGGCGGCCGUGCUGCGCGGCUCAACCAAGAAUUUGGUCAACAUCAGUGAGUUCGAGGAUCAGGCCCGGCUGGUAAAGAAGGGCUCGGAGAAACUGCGCGUGAGCUCCACGAAUGUGGACCCGGAUCCGGCCGAAGUGGCUGCGGCGGACGGCACGGCGUCCGGGACGUCAGUGCGCAGUUCCAUCGGGGGGCUGACCGUCGAGCAGCGGGUCGAGUCGAGCGAUGCGACACUGGACGAGAAGAUCCGGGCGCUGCAGGAGAUCAACGAUCGGUACAUCAACGAAAACCGGCAUCUGAUCGAGCGGACGUACGAGGCGACCCGGCGGGUUGAGAAGGUCAAAAUCAAGAAGCCUCCGAGACCGUCGAAACAACAGACCCCACCACCGCCACCCAGCAGUGAAGUACAAAACGGAGAUCUCACCAAAUAUCAGGCUCCCGUGGGGGGAAGUUCCAAACCGGCUGGAGAGGGCCGGGUAAAGAACGUCUCGCACGUCAACAUUAACGUGAGCACGGAGGCGAUCCCAGAGGAGGAUGAAGCGAACCCGGAACCACUCGCGGUUCCGGGAGCUCGCAGGGUCGCGGAUGAUCCAGGGGACGAUAAGUCGUUCUACAGCAUCAGUACGUUCACGAUCGAGAGCAACACGCUGACGAAUCCUGGCCACGGGGCUUCACAGCUAACGGACACGGCCACCGCCUCGUCGAAGAAGUCGUUCCGUAGUAGCUUCAGUGCCGGGACGGGGAAGACCCUGACGAGCACAAGCACGGCGACGGCUACGGCGACCGCGGCCAACGAACUGCCGACGCUGGUCACCAUCCGGACGUACUGUGAGCCCAACUCUUCGAUCCAAUCCACGACGCACGUCAACGAGCGAUACCUGGAGACGAGUUUCGACAGCCCGGAUCCGGGCACCACAGUUGGAGAGCGGCCACGGCCAGCGGAUCGGCACAAAGGGCCGCCACCGCAGGCCCAACCGAGGAUCAACACGCAGACGUUCAAGAUGAUACGCAGCCGGUCACGGGACGGGAUCGUUAUCCGAAUCCCCGCAAUGGACCCAACGAAGCGAACUACGGAGGGCGGCUCCUCCGAGGUGGAGAAUCUUAAUCGGCAGCUGAGCAACGACUCGGCCCUGGACUUGAUCGACGUCGACAUCAGGGUGGACGAGAAGGAGAUCCUCCAGCAGCAGCAGCGUGGUGGUUCGACGACGACCACCGUCAGCUUGGGUGUCACGGCCGGCGCUGGCACGGUGGAGUUGAAGAACCAGAAGAACAACAAGUACCGCAAGAAGGCCAAGUCGGCCAGCAAGACGAACGGGCGGACGGGAACGCUGGACGUCGUCGACGUCCCGCCGAACGGUCACGAGAACUUUGAACUCCAGCGCACCCCAAAGGACCCGGUGGCCGAGAUGCCCAAGUUCCUGUUCCCGAGCCCGUACUUCGAGGAGGAGAACAACAUCUUCUACGACCAACAGGGCCAGCUGUACGACGAAGCGGAACUGGGGUCACCCGAGCCCAGCAUCCCGUACGCGCUGCGCAUCAAGGAGAACCCGUUCACGAAGAACAAGGAGUUCUACUCGAUCAACACCGGGCGCAUCUGGAAGCAGCUGAACCUGGGCCAGCAGGAGGAAGAUCUGUCGAUCCUGUCGACGACUGGGGCAGGAGUCGGCGGCCCGAGGUUGGUUCCGCCACCGAAAGUCAAGAACGAGUCGUUCAAAUCGAUGUCAUCGCGUGACUCCGGCUUCAGUUUGACACUAACGAAGCCCAAGAACCUGUUCCGGCGCAAGUCCAAGAAGGCUACGCUACUCCAGCGGAGGAAACCCCCGAAGCUGGCGGUAAGCCGUGACGGGUACUUCAAGCGCGUGAUGGUCGUCCAACGGAACUCGUCCAAGCGCAAGAAGUCGAUCCGCAAGCAGCGCGUCCCGAGUCGGGACAUUUUCCGCGAGCUGUACGACGAGAACUGGAGCAAGCUGGGGGGCGAUGGCUUCUGCGAUGGGGAUCCAACGAGCCUGGCCGCGCUGGCUGCGGUGGCGUCGACGGUCGACGUGGAGGCACCGGACUUUGCGCGAGACUUUGAGAACUUCUGCAACGAUCGGCGCUACAACCAAGAGAUCCACGAUCUGGAGGCGUUCUACGAGGAGCACCUGAAGCGCCUCCGGCAUUACUACAUCCAGAAGAAAAAGAUGAACGAGGCCGCCAUCAAGGAGUUCUAUCGGGACUACUCGGGGCCUGGGACCGGGGCCGGUGGCGUCACUGUGUUGCCGCCAUCGGGCGCCACCGCCGGUGGUGACGAAGAGACCGACUACUACGACACGUUUCUGGUGUCGAAGAACGAGACGAUCCGCUUCGGGAGCGCCCAGGUCGAGCGCUACUUUCAGCCCGACGGGCUCGACUUUAUGUUUCCCUUUCCGGACAAGCGCAAAAGUGGCCGGCCCGGUGGCGGCGGCGGCGGCAGUACCCUCGGGUCGACCGCGAACGGCAAGCAGAAAGCUUCCAUCAAGUCGGCCCUCGGUGGAGGAACCGGUGGUGGCGGUACCGGCGGCCACUCGGCGGCCGCGUCCUCCACGGCCAUUGCUGGUCGGAAGCAGCUGUUCCACGAAGUUCGCCCAUACGGAAGCCCUCUGGAACCACUGACGCAGAUGAUGCUGAUGGGUCGCCAGGGUGGUGAUCUGGAGCCAUCACGAGGAACCGCCCAGGUCGGAGGUGUCACUCGAUACCAGGAGCCGCCGUCGUCGUUCAUGUUUAAACGCUCCAUCUCGGCCCCAUUCGGGGACUCCAACUUCCAGCUGUCCACACCGGGGCAAGACCGGGAUCUCAAGCGGGUCCGGUCAGCCGGAACCGUACACCAGAACGAGAUCUCCCUGGCCAGUAUCUUCCCCUCGGUCAAUGCGGGUGCGAACGGGAAGGCCAAUCACGUCUACCACGAGGACGACGAUGAUGAUGACGAGGGGGAGGACGAAGACGACGAGGAUGAUGAGGACGAUGACGAUGAUGGGGAGGAGUUCAGUGAGAACGAGUUCCUGAUCAACAGUCUCGGGGACAAUCUGGUGUACUGUACGCGGUGCGACAAGGGCAACAGUGACUGCGAGUGUUUCGAGUGCGGCGACCCGGUGGUCGGGUCUCCGACGCGGAAGAGUGGUGCCUCCGUGAAACGGGGAAGUAAGCACCGCGGUAGGCGCGGGGUCGCGUACGGCGCGGCGAAGAGUGAAGUGGUGGUCGGUCACGAGGAGGAAGUGAAUGGUGUGGCGGGAAAACGGUGCGUGGAAAACGGUGGUCCGGAAGAAGACGAUGAGGAGGACGACGAUGAAGACGAAGACGACGAUGGGGGGGCCAUCGACGAAAAUGAUGAAAACUACUGUGACGUGUUCGACUUUAACGACAUCAACAUCAUCCACGUGAACCACAAGAAGAAAGUGAAGCGAAAAAAGUCCAAGAAGCGCGUCGUCCGGAAGAACCACUCGACGCUGAGGCGGGGCAGCUACUGGGGUGACAUCACUCAGAAAGGAUACGAAAAGAAGCGAACGAGACUCCUGCAGCCAUAUUUGUCCAAAAAUGUGCAGCACGGUUGUGGCGGCAGUCUAGGUAGUGGAGGAGGCAGCAACAAUCCGGGCUACGUCAACGACAUCCAAUCGCACCUUCAUCAUCCAACGUCCCAGUCCCAGCAGAAGCAGCAGAACAUCUUUGCCUCCUCCGGCAGCACUGGUGGUGGUGGUGGUGGUGGUGGCGGUGGUAGUAGUAGAGACAGAAACGAUCGGUCCAGCAGUGGUGGACAUCACCAUUCCUCGUCCCAUCAGCAGCGCGAGCAGCAACAGCGCGAGCAGCAGCAGCUCCAGCAGAACCGAACCCGUCGCAGCACGCAACGGAAGGUGACGCACAACGAGAAGCGCUACCACUCAGAGGUACGCCAGGAAGCGGUCCAGCAGGCGCUGGCGGCGUUGAAGAAUCGUCCCAAACCUAGCUUACCAAUGCCAUCCAAGCGCAGCUCGGUCCUAAACCGUAGCCCCGAGCGCGAUCAUGACGAUUCAGACUCCAGUACGGAGGACGAAUCCAUACCGGAGGAGGGCGUGCUGGGCAGAAUAUCGACCCCGGACCGGGACAACUACAAUCUGCCCCGUGAUCACAUUCUCACACGGGAACCGAUGCGUCUGCCGUCGUCCCGGGAUCAUCACCACGGUCAGCAGCAACCCCUACCGUCGUCGAAACAGGCUCCACCGCCCCUACCAACCCACCAUCGGCCACCGCAAACCAUUCCGACGCAACCGCAAAACAUUACGCAACAACACGCCACGCUCUCCGACACGUCCAGCGCCGGAUCGCCACCGGCCGUGCACCGUAACCAGCACCACUCGGGCUACCCGCAGCAGCAGGGCAAGGGCGGCGGCGGCUACGACAUGACCGACCUGAGCGAGUUUCAACCCCAGCAGCGACCGUACGCCGCACCGGAUAUCACACAGUUCUCGGCCAACACCCGGCGUGGGGCGGAUCGCGUGACGCGCUACGUGAACCUUGCCAAUCAGGAACCGGGCGACACGAGUACGGCCGGCCGGUGGAAGGUGUCGGCGAAGAUACAGCAGCUACUGAACACACUGAAGCGCCCGAAACGGCGUCCGCUGCCGGAGUUUUACGAGGACAACGAUAUCGAGCUGGAGAUCGCGGCCAAUCCGAAGGAUCCGAACGCACCGAAACCGGAGGGCAGCCUCAUGACGCCGGUGCAGGGCGAACAGCUGAUCGUACCAUCCGGGUUGCCGCGUACCCUCGAGGCGGCCCUCCAGCGGUACGGAACGAGCUCGUUUAAGGCCCCGAUGGCGACGGUGCUCGAUCCGAACGGCAAGAUGACGACGACGCUCACCUACGGCAAGCUGCUGUCGCGGGCCCAGAAGAUCGCGUACGCUCUCUCGACCAAGGUGUUCAGCAAGGGCCCCGAGCAGGUCGCCCUCAAGCCGGGCGAUCGGGUGGCCCUCGUUUACCCCAACAGUGAUCCGCUGAACUUCCUAACGGCCUGGUACGGCUGUAUGUUCCGUGGGCUGGUGCCGCUACCGAUCGAGUUGCCCCUCUCCAGUUCCGACUCGCCACCGCAACAGGUCGGCUUUCUGCUCAGCUCGUGCGGUGUCCACGUAGCGCUCACCUCGGAAGCCUGUCUGAAGGGGCUCCCAAAGUCAUCGACCGGUGAGGUGGCCAAGCUGAAGGGUUGGCCCCGGUUGCACUGGUUCGUGACGGAGCACCUACCGAAGGUGCCGAAGGACUUUAACACGAGCAACAAUCGCAUCAGCGAAGACUCGAGCGCCUACAUCGAGUACACGACCGACAAGGAGGGCAGCGUGAUGGGCGUCACCGUGACGCGGCAAGCGAUGAUCAGCCACUGCCGCGCGCUCACGAUGGCGUGCCACUACACCGAGGGCGAAACGAUCGUGUGCGUGCUCGACUUUAAGCGUGAGGUUGGCCUCUGGCACAGCAUCCUGACGGCGGUGCUGAACGGAAUGCACGUACUGUUUAUUCCGUACGCUCUGAUGAAACUGCGGCCCUCGUCCUGGAUGCAGCUCAUCACCAAGUACCGCGCGUCGUGCUGUCUGGUGAAGAGCCGCGACCUACACUGGGGACUGCUGGCCACGAAGGACCACAAGGAGAUCUCACUGUCGUCGCUCCGGAUGCUGCUCGUGGCGGACGGUGCCAAUCCGUGGUCACUCUCGAGCUGCGAUCAGUUUCUGAGCGUGUUCCAAACGAAGGGCCUCCGCCCGGAUGCGAUCUGUCCGUGUGCGAGCAGUUCCGAAGUGUUUACGGUGUCCCUGCGACGCCCGGGACGAUCGGCAGCCGGUGGAUACAAUCAGUCGGCCACAGGACGGGGUGUGCUGUCGAUGUCCGCUCUGUCGCACGGCGUCGUGCGGGUUGACAGUGAAGAUUCCCUCACCUCCCUUACGCUGCAGGAUUGCGGGCAGGUUAUGCCGAGUGCUACGAUGGUUGUGGUUAAUGCCGAAGGACCUCCGGUGUUGUGCAAAACGGAUCAGGUCGGUGAAAUCUGCGUUACCUCAGGCUCGAGCGGUACGGCCUACUACGGUCUGGAGGGUAUGACCAACUCCACCUUCAAGGUCCAACCACUGGCGGACGCACCCGUCAUGAAGGACGGUGAAACGAUCCCGGCGAAGCCGAUCAACGACGAGAUGUACGUCCGGAGCGGACUGCUGGGUUUCCUCGGUCCCGGUGGGCUGGUGUUUGUGUGUGGUUCGCGCGACGGGUUGAUGACCGUGACGGGCCGGAAGCACAACUCGGACGAUAUCAUUGCCACGGUGCUGGCGGUCGAACCGAUGCGGUUCAUCUACCGCGGACGGAUUGCCGUGUUCAGUAUCCGGGUGCUGCGGGACGAGCGCGUGUGUGUGAUUGCCGAGCAGCGCCCGGACUGCUCGGAGGAGGAGUCAUUCCAGUGGAUGUCGCGGGUGCUGCAGGCGGUCGAUUCGAUCCACCAGGUCGGUAUCUACUGCCUGGCGCUCGUACCACCGAACCAUCUGCCGAAGACGCCCCUCGGGGGCAUCCAUCUGACGGAGGCGCGCCGGCGCUUCCUCGAGGGGUCCCUCCAUCCCGCCAACGUGCUGAUGUGUCCGCACACGUGCGUCACCAACCUACCGAAACCACGCGAAAUUCACCACGGCUCUAUCCAACAACUUCAAAUUUCCGGCACCUCGUCGUCGUCGUCGGCCACGAACCUCGUCGUCGGCGGUGAUGCCUCCGUCGGUCCGGCCUCGGUCAUGGUCGGCAAUCUGGUGCAGGGCAACCGGCUUGCCUCUGCCCAGGGCCGCGACAUCGGGCUUGCCGAUGACAACGAGCGUAAGCACCAACUGAUCACGGGUGUGCUGCGAUGGCGCGCCAGCUCAUCGCCCGAUCACGUCCUCUACACGCUGCUCAACUCGAAGGGUGCGGUCGCAAAGACGCUGACCUGCUCGGAGCUACACAAGCGGGCCGAGAAGAUUGCGGCCCUCCUGCAGGAGCGGGGCAAGGUGAACCCGGGCGAUCACGUGGCACUGAUCUUCCCACCGGGGCUCGAUCUGAUCUGCGCCUUCUACGGGUGCCUGUAUCUUGGAGCGGUGCCCGUUACGAUUCGGCCACCGCACCCGCAGAAUCUCAUCACCACACUGCCCACCGUGCGGAUGAUCGUGGACGUGUCGAAGAGCGGCAUCAUCCUGUCGAUCCAGAGCAUCAUCAAGCUGCUGAAGUCGCGCGAAGCGGCCACCUCGAUCGACCCGAAAAGCUGGCCCACCAUCCUGGACAUCGAGGACAACCCGAAGCGUAAGCUGGCCGCUAUCGCCAACUGUACGCUGGAUUCCACUGCCUAUCUGGACUUUAGUGUGUCCACCUGCGGUCGGCUGAGUGGCGUCAUCAUCACGCAUCGCUCCCUGUCGAGUCUCUGUGCCAGUCUGAAGCUUGCCUGCGAGCUGUACCCUAGUCGCCAUGUGGCCCUCUGCCUUGAUCCGUACUGUGGCCUUGGCUUCUCCAUGUGGACGCUGAUCAGCGUCUAUAGCGGUCACCACUCGAUCCUGAUCGCACCGUACGAGGUUGAAGCCAAUCCUAGUCUCUGGUUGAGCACACUGUCGCAGUACCGUGUGCGCGAUACGUUCUGCUCGUACGGUGUGAUCGAGCUGUGCACGAAAGCACUCAGCAACUCGAUCCAGGCGCUCAAGCAGCGCAACAUCAAUCUCGGUUGCGUGCGAACCUGCGUGGUGGUGGCCGAAGAGCGGCCGCGCGUACAACUGACGCAACAGUUCUGCAAACUGUUCCAGGCGCUCGGCCUGAACACGCGCUGCGUUUCCACGUCCUUCGGGUGUCGCGUCAAUCCGGCGAUCUGUGUGCAGGGUGCCAGUUCGGCCGAAAGUGCCCAGGUGUACGUGGAUCUGCGGGCACUGCGCAACAACCGGGUGGCGCUCGUCGAGCGGGGUGCUCCCAACUCGCUGUGCUUGGUCGAAUCGGGCAAACUGUUGCCGGGCGUGAAGGUGAUCAUCGCCAACCCGGACACGAAGGGUCAGUGCGGUGAUUCGCAUCUCGGCGAGAUUUGGGUUCAAUCACCGCACAACUCGAACGGUUACUUCACGAUCUACGGCGACGAGACGGACUACAAUGAUCACUUCAACGCGAAGCUGGUGACGGGCUGCUCGACGAGCGACAUUUGGGCCCGCACCGGGUACCUUGGGUUCCUGCGCCGCACCGAGUGCUCCCAGGCCGGCUCGAUCCUGGACGAAACGACACCGAGCAUAGCUAGUCGCGAUUCGGAUACCGAAUCAAUUCACUCACAGGGUCACAAUACGCUCAACUCGACGACAAGCUCGAACGCCGGCGGCACCGCCACGACGGCCGCCGUGGGCAACGAGCAGGAACUGCACGAUGCGGUGUACGUGGUGGGCGCACUGGACGAGGUGAUCACGCUGCGCGGUAUGAACUACCAUCCGAUCGAUAUCGAAAAUUCGGUUCUGCGCUGCCACAAGAAGAUUGCCGAGUGUGCGGUCUUCACCUGGACCAACCUGCUGGUGGUGGUCGUCGAGCUCGAUGGCAACGAGUCGGAAGCACUCGAUUUAGUUCCGCUCGUCACGAAUACGGUGCUCGAGGAGCAUCAGCUGAUCGUCGGUGUGGUCGUCGUUGUCGAUCCCGGCGUUGUGCCGAUCAAUAGCCGCGGCGAGAAGCAACGGAUGCACCUGCGGGACGGAUUCCUGGCAGAUCAGCUCGAUCCGAUCUACGUGGCGUACAAUAUGUAA